AAAGAGCAACUGUCUGAGUUAGACAAACAAUCUGCAGAUAACUUGACUUCCAGGUUGCUCAUUCCAAGGCUAGGACUUUAUGAGCUGUUUCUGCCACUGGACUGUCUUUGCUGGCCUGUAAUUGGGAUAUGUGUGUGAACUCCUUGGCAGUGCCCCCUGCCAUAUCCUGAAACCUGAUUACACACCUGGAGCCUUGGUGCCUUGGUACAGGCUGGGUUAAUGACUUUGUUUAUACUGAUAAGGGCAAUCUAGAUAAAGCCAGCCCUCUGGGCCUUGAGUCUCCUGGCCCUGGCUGGCACCUUCAUUGAGAAAACCUUUUCUCUGUGCCACGUGGGACGCUGCUUUUGGACAGGCUUUGUUUUUAAUGAACCGCUGCCGCUUGUCAAAGGAAGGUCAAGGCUGCUGAACGGGGUGGUUUCGUUCACCCCGCCAGGUGCCUUAUAAGCAGAGCCUGAGAAGCAACAGUAGCAGCCACUGCGGGGAGGACAAAAACAGGCAGGCGCCUGCAGCAUAGAAAGUGUUGGAAGCCAGUGGAAAGACCAGGUGCACUCAACAGGGCUGGGCAAAGAGCUUGCUCCCCCAAGUCCUGACCUUACCCCUCUCCAGCGUGGGCAUGGAGUAUGAGAAGUGUGCCUGCCACCAUGAAGAGAACCAGAAUGCCAUCCUCUACACUCUCCUGAGCCACCCCAGGAGCAGCCGCAGCCCUUCCCAACAACGCUGCUUGUGCCAGAAGCGUCGCACCGUCUGCCUUCAGACCCCCCACAUCACCUGCCAAGCUGCUUCUGAUGUCUUGGUGAAGACCAUCAGCUUCAUGAAGAACCUGCCUUCCUUCCAGCUCCUGCCUUGGGUAGACCAGCUCUUGCUGCUGGACAGUUGCUGGACUCCCCUCUUCCUUCUGGGCCUGGUCCAGGAGAUGGUGACCUUUGAGGUGAUGGAAACCCCAGCCCCUAGCAUGCUGGAGAGGAUCCUUCUUGACGGACGGAGCAAAAGGCAGGAGCUGCAGAGGACACAGCCCACCCUGGCCAGCGUACAACGCCUCCAGUGCUGCUUGAACUCUUUCUGGAGCCUGGACCUGAGCCCUAAAGAGCACGCCUAUCUGAAGGGUGCAAUUCUUUUCAACCCUGAUGUGCCUGGUCUUAAGGCUUCCUCGUAUAUUGAGAGCCUCCAGCAAGAAGCUCAGCAAGCACUCCAAGAAGUCAUGACCUUUCUCCACCCGGAGGACCAAGGCCGUUUCGCCCAUGUGCUGCUGAUCUCCUCCUCUCUGAAAUCCAUCCCUCCUGGCCUCAUUACUGACCUUUUCUUCCAACCAGUCAUUGGUAAUGCAGACAUUCUGGAGCUGUUGACAGAAAUGAUGCUGGCAAGAGAGCUUCCUUGGCCACAGUGACUUUGAGUGGGGUCAUCUCCUGGGUCACCCGCCACCACGCUUGGCUUUGUACCAAAUUCCAAGUGGCAGGGUGCAGCUAAUCUGGAUCAUGCAGUGGAAAAGAGAGAGAGAGAGAGAGAGAGAUGUCCUAAUUAUGACUUUACAAACAAAGGGGCUGCUGACUGACAGGCAUAUUUUUCAUGGACCUCAAGUGACUUAGGCCCAGGGCCGGCCCUCACAUUAGGCAGAGUGAAGCAGGUGUCUCAUGCAGUGAGAUGCUAGAAGGCUUUGUGUGUGCUUUGUCACCUGCCCUGUGCCCCUUAAGCUAUCCUGCUGCCCUCCGGAGAAUGCCAUCCCAUCAUCAGUGUGGAAAUAAGAUUCAAUUGCCACUUCAGUGAGCUUCUGUAUGAGGAAGCAGGGAGACACCUUGUCCUUUGCCUUAAGCAGCAAAAUGUCUUGGGCGUGACCCUAAAGUGAUGCAGCUCAGAAAUUUUAGACUCUGGCCCGGACCACUGUUUUACAGUGGAUUCUCCACACCUCCAUAGAUAUAAAGUAUGUCAUCAGUUACUUCAAAAUGUGGUGAGCCAGCCCUGCUGUGCUGGGGGGCCCUCUUGCUGAGGGGAGCCCUAGCCCUCUGCCCCCAAAGGCUUCUCCUGAUCGAAUCGCUGCAUACUCCCAGCCUUGUGAGCUGCUGCCCCUGUAAUCAAGUCUUUAGGACAGGUAACACCUGUUGUGCUGGAGCACAGAUUUUAUGACUGAGGGCUCUGUUUGUCUCCGUUCACCCUUUGUUUGUUGCAGAAUUCAGAACAGUUACUGCCAGAAUCCUUAAUUCUUCUUAUUUGCUAUUCAUCACACAAUCUGUUUCAUAGCAGGUCCUCUGAUUUCCCUAGACUCCAGCCUACAUUUAUGUGUGGUGCCCCUGACUCCAAAUCAUAGUACACAGGAUGAUCUCAUCUUUGCCUAGACUUCACAUAUCAGUAUUUUGCAAAUGGAUGCUUUCUGGUAAUUUGUGUGUAAAAAUAAGAUGUGCUAAGUUGUUAUUUUUUAAAAAAAACGACAAACACAUUUUUUUUUGCAGUUUGGAUAAUGGCUGCUGUCAUUCUGAAGUGUUGUGGGGUGAUCAGUAUUUUAACACAUGAGUUGUUUGUCCACAGGCAGAGCAAUCCAAUUUAGGCGAAGCCAGCAGGAAGGUCCUUGGUAUGCAAUCACUAUUUGGGAGCCUCAGGGCUGGCUGAAUGCCAGUUCAGCUGGGAGCUACACACAGAGACUGGAAAGUAAAAGCCAGCUCUCAUGAAUACCCCUACCGGCGCAUAAGCACUCUGCAUAGACUUCCAUUGUAAUUAUUAUUAGACCUUUUUCCUGGUGUAACUUUGGCCUGGAUCAGGACCUACAGAAGUGCUUGGCCCCUGCUGGCUAAGCUGCGGGUCCGCUACAUCCAAUUCCCCUCAGCCUGGUGUAAAUAGCAGUUGGAUUGUGCCCUUACAUGUGCAGAAGAGAGAAUCAAGAUGAUUUUGUCUAGUUUCUCUGCAAUGGUCUACAUGCAUAGUUUAAGCAGCAAUCCUAAGCACACUUACUAAGGAAUAAGCCACACUGCCCACAGGAAGCCUUGUUUCUAAGUAGAUAUGUACAUAAGCUUCCGCUGUUAAAUAAACAUAUUUUUUUACUAUUUCA